GCUGUUCCGUUGGUGCCACCACCUGUGUGUGUCACUGGGUGGGGUCUCUGAUCCUUGCUUCUUGGGCAAGUAAGGCCUCACCUAAGCUCUGGAUCUGAGCCUGGACAGAGGAGAGGGGACCCUGUGCCCACGCACUCCCCACAAGGUCACGGCCCCAGCAAGGAUAGAGGACGGGGUCCAUAUCUUCCUGGAGCCCAGCUGCACUUCAUCGGGGGCUGGUGGCCCCUCAGCCAGGCUGCUUACAAGACUGACCCUGCCCGGUGACCUUGCGGAGAUCCUGUUCCUCGCCACUGAGCGGGGUCGAUGCUGGCACUGGCCUGACUGCCUGUCCCUCGUGGAGGGACCUGGCCAGGCCGUGGCUGCGGUAGGGUUCUCUGCUGUCAUUGGAACGUGGCUGCAUUCUGAGGUCGCCACGGAGGCUGCCCCUGGAGUGGAGUGGUGGCCAGCCAUGCCCCACCAGGCCGUGCUGUCCCAGGGGCAGAAGCGGAGCGCAACCACUGGAAGAAAUGUUGGCGGCGUGUGGUGGGCACCGAGGAGCUGGGCCAGGACAGGCGGGAGACCCUGGAGGCCAGGAAGCAGAGGCAGCAGCGGAGGAGGGAGGAUCCUGCUGACCCGAGGGGUUGCCCCGGCCUCGAGCACCUAUCUGGACCGUCGCCCCCCCAGGACCUUCUGGCACGUCCAUCUGGGUCCUAGGAAGUUUCUGGUGUUAGCCUUUCUUGCUGAGAAAACCAGUCCUCCUUUUCCCUUGUUUGAGAUGAUCCAAGCUCCGUGGAGGCCGCAGAGUGCAGGAGGACAGCAGAGAGGCCCGGGAACUGGGAACAGCCAGGUACCCCAAAGCAAAUAUGCUGAACUGCUGGCCAUCAUCGAGGAGCUGGGGAAAGAGAUCAGACCCACCUAUGCGGGGAGCAAGAGCGCCAUGGAGAGACUAAAACGAGGCAUCAUUCACGCCAGAGGACUGGUCCGGGAGUGCUUGGCUGAGACGGAGCGGAAUGCCAGAUCCUAGCUGCCUGUUCGCGCGGAAGGUUUCCAGCUUCUUCCAGGAAGAGACGUCCUAGCUCAACUCCCACGUUCACACGAAACUCUCUGUUUUCAAAAUGGUAACAGUUUGAUUUCUCCUUCCCGCAUCCCUCCCAUGGUUCAUGAGGCUCCGAGACUGAGGAAUAUUUUGCAGUUGAUUAGGAUUUACGUUUUAAAUAGUUAGGAAUUACCCAAGUUUUUCUUUCUUUCCUUUUUUUUUUAAGCAUUGACUUAGAAGAUGCACGGAAACGAUACCUAUUUCACAGCAGAGACCCCAGUGUCUGCCUUCUAGCCCCCUUUCGGAGUUCCGUUUCGUUACCCAGAUUGUUCUUUGUUUCAUAAGCUAAUACAACAACUCCAGGGCUUAGUUUCUAGUGCGUACGUUUGCCACACGGUGUGGAUUCCGCUUCAUGUAACUUCCUUUGUGCUUAAGCAUUUGCCUGCAUGACUAUUAGUGCUUUGAGGUCAAAUUUAAAAAUGCGCAAGUUAUAAAUACAGAAGAAAGAGCAACCUACCAAACCUAAUGAGAAUCCCGGAAAAUAUUCCUACUAAGACUGUGUGUGUGGAUUUCAGUUCUGCCUUUCCCGUAAGCUGAUUCAGACAUCUGGAAGAAAAUGCUUAGACUUGUUUGCAUCUUUGUAUGUAUUUAUUACUUGAUGCAAUAAAGCUUAUUUUCAUUAACAAUUUG